AUGUCUCUGAAGAUGCUAUGUUGUGUCUGUUUUGCAUCAGAAAAUGUUUACAUGUCAAUCCUUUUUAAGAAAACGUUUUCAGAAUAUUCUGAAUAUGUUCCUAAUUGGUCUAUCUCUACUGCCCAUCCAUGGGGGCUUAAGCUAAGAAGGUACAGAACAAGGCCUGGCAAACCCCAGCUAAAUUAUCUAUCAAAGAAGAGACGUACUGUUUGGGAAUGUAAUACGACUGGGGCCCAGCUGGAUAAGCUUCAAGUUGUGUUGGCAGCUAAUGAAUUACCUUCUAUCAAUGAUGUAACUUACCCUGAACUAAUUGAGAUUAUUUCAAAGUUGAAGGAUGAACAUGGGCAUCUUGUCGGCGUUGAUACUUCCAAUCUUCUGAUUGUAAACUCUGGUAAUGAUUUGCCGGUUAUAGAUCUUAGUAGAGUAUCGCAAGAGCUUGCCUACUUGGCCAGUGAUGCAGACUUGGUUAUUUUGGAAGGAAUGGGGGAGGGAGGGGAGGGGCAAACCCUUAAAACAUCUGAGAGAGAGAUCGCGUCUCCCUUAGACCAAAACUCUUCGACGACGCAUUGUCCUUCCCUGUGUUCACUCCACCGUUCCAGGCAUUGCCUUGCUACUCCUUAUGUGACUAUGAAGCUUCAAAAGUCUGAAAAAGCUUCGUCGCUUGAGUCGAGAUUCGAGACUGUGCACUGUGAAGCUUCGACAACUGAUUCAAACUACUGUCCAGGUUUGAGACUACUGAAUUUUAGGGUUUUGAUUCUGCCUUUUCUGAUAAAGCUCUUUCUCGCUCAAUCUAGUGUCCAGGUUUGAUUAGGGCACUAAUUCUCUCUCCUAUCUCUCUACAUCUUCCUUUUCCUUUGUACCCACCCACGACUAAGGCUUACAUAUCUCCUUUUUGCAACUAGGGUUUCUGGAACAAACCUAGAAUUAGGAUUUGCAAUUAAGGCUUCUUGGCACUUUGCUCUUAGGGCUUCUCAAUUAGAGAGUUAUUAUGUUUUGUUGUUUAUCAUAUAUAAAUUAGGAACUAACGAAAAAUUGAAUUAGGAACUAACGAAAAAUUGAAUUAGGAACUUGUUAUAUAUGUGUGAUUCACUUGUUACUUUAUAAAUUAUAAUUAGUACAUUAAAUAUAGGAAAAUUGGGCGGCCGGUCCCUAUAGACUUAUUUGGAGAUAAGUCUAUCAAUGAAACUUAUUUGGUUUUAAAUCUAUUUUUUGUCAAUUUUACUAUUGUAACCUUUCUAGUAAAAAUGUUAUAAACGACGUUUAUAGACACAACAACCAUCUAUAUACAUCUCCUUUAUAAUCGCCUUCAAAUCUGACUACAAAUCUUCUAAGUCACAAUAUUUCCUUCUCCGAAAAAUAAGAAACCGGCAUUUACCAAAAAUCGUUCAUAUUCAAAUUUCAAACUCAUUACAUUCCAUAAAAUACAAUUUCAAUUUACUAUUCCAUCGACAAAAUAUUAAUAUUGAAUAUUAAUGUUUAAAAAAUAACAAUAGUAACAUACUCAAUAAAGACAGUAACAUGAUUACAAAAAAAAUAGUAACAUGCUCACAAAAAAAUAGUAACAUGGUAAAAAAGUAAUAAUAAUUAGGGAUUUAAUUUUGUUAAAGUGGGUAUUAACCUUGUAACUAAGAUUCAAGAGAACUUAUACAUUAGUACUAAAUAAAAGUGUUAUAGAUUUCAAUUUUGUUGAUUUUUUUGUUGCACAAGACAAUCGAAUAUUCCUUGGUUGUGUUACUGUGGAAAAAGUUAAUAUUACUAUACGUGAACCGAAAAUGAAAUUCAGAAUUUCGAUGUCUUGAUAUUCACAAUUGGUGUUGAGUGUCGUAAUUUAACUAUCGAUUGUGUUAUUACUCAUCAUUUUUGUAAAUUUUCAAUUUGUGGAUCGUAUUUUAACUAAAAUUAUUCAAAAGUUGAUGUUACUGUAAAAAAACUAUUGUCUUGUAUUCUUUAAAAUUAGGUGUGUUACUGAGCACAAAACUUUGAUGUUAUUGUGAAUUUUAAAAUGUAUGUUAUAUAAUAUACGUCUCAAGAUUUGCAAUUGUAUGUUAAAAUUCACUAUAGUAAUAUUAAUGUCAGUAUAGUAACACGAUUGUACUGGUAACACGACCCUAAUUGUAACUUCAAUCAUAUAGUAACAUAAAUAUUACUAUAUAUUAACAUUCGUGUUAAUGAACUCUGUUGGCAUUGUUCAGCCUCCCUAUAUUAUGUGUUACUAUUGUUAAGGAAAUUUUGUGAUAUAAUUUUGACUUAAUAGACCAACAAUUUAUUCGUACAUUAAGUUUCUCAUAUAUAACUAUCAGAACAUAUAACUUCUAUAUAAAACUUUCGUUAAUUAUUAUAAUAUUUAAUAAAUGAUUUUCAUAUAUAACUCAAUCAAGAGUUUCCAUAUAUACUUCAAUGAUCUAACCUAUGUGACUUUCUAUAACUGGGCAAAACUAACACCGUUAGGGAUAAUUUUGAGAUAUAAAAAAUAAGUGGACUUAAGUACUUACAUAUAAGUUUAAACAUGAACUUUCCCCUAAAUAAAUUUUCUUCCAAGACUCAAGUCAUUAUAAGUCCAUCUAAAGGGACUUACCCUCAAUUUUCACUUAAAUAUAAUAGUGAUAAUUGAGGGUCAUUCCUAUUUACGAGACUUAUAAGGCUUAAAGUCUGAGCCUUAAACAUAUGGGUCAUUUAAUCCUAUAUUAGUAAUUUUAUUUGGUAGUUAAGUCCAUUCUGAUUUUUUCUUUUUCUUUUUUUUUAUUACUAAAACACUCUUAUUAGGUUGUUUUAAUGUCAAAGAAAGUUUCUAAAUUGAUUUGGAGAUCAUAAUUCCAUAACUGAUGGCAGAUUUUAUAUCUUCCCAAUCUCAAAUUUGAAAUUCAAAAAAAUCGAACUGUUCUCCUUCACUUCUUCUUCUUCUUCAUACAAUUUUGUCUGUAUCUAACCCUUCAUUUGGUAUCCUUCUAAUCUAUCAGCACAUCUAUUCCCAUCAAUCAAUCUUCAACCUCCCUUCGUCCCCUGUGAUGAUCGGACGGCAACGCCUUUCUCCGCCAUCUAUUUCUUCGCCUCCUUAUCGUGUAGAUGUCAAGCGACCCCCAUGUUGAGUAUAUACGACCCAAUUGGGCUCGCACAGAGCUAAAAUUGUAG